GAGAAGUUACAAGCAUUUACUAUGGAAUUUGUUGCUAAAGGAAUGGGAACUCUGAUCCAAAAGUUGCAGUUUGAGCUGUUUUCUGCCCAGAAGCAGAAUGGAGAUGAGUCUUACUUCUUGUGGGUGAUCAAGAGGUUUGUGAAACUUGCUGUGCUGGAGCAAGUCAGCUUUGAAAGUGUGAAAACCGUGUUAGCCGUACCCACCUUCAGUCUUGUGACAUUUCUAGCAGUGGCUUCUUGUGAGCAGCUUAUGCUUCUUCAAAGGAAGAACGCUGACGCAUCCCCUCAUGAGAAAAUACUGAAGCUGGCUGUGGCUGCCCUCCAUGACAUGUUGUGGACAGUGGAGUACUUUAUGACUGAGAAGAAGAGAGCCCUUAAACAGCAGGACAAGGAGUAUCUUCUCAAUUUGCAUGCCGAAUUGUCCAGCAUGGAGGACAUUAGACAGAUGUUCCUUCUCCUGAUCCGCUUGUAUCAGCCGCAUCUUCAGAACCUGGAUUACCUGAAGAAACUGAUCAUUACCAACCACAGCUACAUCCUCAUGCUGCAGAAGGCCACGCCUACAGGGAACUUUGACAUGCUGCACCACAUUAAACAAUUUGCCACCGAGGAAGUGAUGCAGCAUUACGGACGCCUUUUGGAGACUUUCACUGAGAACGUUCCUGCAGUGAAUGAGUGUAUCUUCACCAUGAUGCACCACAUUGCUGGACCCUGCGAGAAACCGGAAUCUCUACUUCAGAUAAACAUUUUAAAGACCUUCAGUGAGAUCUCGCAUCAUCAGUAUCCUCUCAAUGAGGAUGCCAGUGACUUGGUGGAGUACAUUCUGAAGAUAUUUGAGCGUCUUGCCGAGAGAGACCCCUAUCAUUGUGCCCAGCAACUUCUGAAAAUGAAGGAAGAUGAGCCAGGUUCUCCAGAGUCUGAGAGUGAUCAGACGGAAUCCCUGGACAGUCACUGGUCAGAUGAAGACGUGGACAUCCUGUUUAUGACCUAUACAGAGCAUGAAAGUGACCCGAACUUGGUCGACAAGAUCGUGGAAGCGCUGGAGGACCAUGGGAUAUCUAAGACAAGAUGCGAGGUUACAAAUCAGUUGACACACCUUGGACUUCUGGCGGACCAGUCCAUGAAUUUGAUUGACGUCAUUGGAGGUGGCAGUUCUGUGGAAACAACAGACAGUGAAAUAUCCACUGAUGAUGCAUCUCUGGUACAAGAUACAGCUGCCAUCUUGAAUCGUUGUGUAAAGAAACUGGAAGGGAAGGGCCACCAGGUACAUCUGGCCUGGCUUCAGAGGGUGCUGCUGGAAGUCUGCUAUAUAAAACUCGGUGGAAAGAAAAUUUAUGGAAAGGUAGAAGAACCAAUCCUGUAUUUUUAUGUUGCACAAGACAAGUCCGUUCCUGUGAUUCCCUUCAGCGGUGCACAGGAAGCCAUUUUACAGGAUAAAGCCUUUCGCUGCCUACUGCUAAGCCUAGGGAUUUAUUUGCCGGAGGAAGGAUGGCAACUGUACCCGAGAAUUCCACACUUUUGGAAUGCUGAAAACCUUUUCUCAAAGGCAAAAAGUCUAGGGACAAUUCCAAAAGGUAUCCUGAAAUUCCAUCCGGAUGACAUCCAGUCUGGAAAAUCAGAUCAAUUAUCUUCGGUGGAGAGCGAACCCAGCAUGUCAACCAGUCUCCAGGGCUACAAAUUAACAGAUGGCUCCACGAAAAGAUCUCAAAGCAACAGCAACAUCAGCAGUGCCCUUUGGAUGGCUUUUGUACAGCAAUGCAAUCUGGAGAGGAGUAAGAUUGGAAUGGGAGGUAUAUCCCGAAAGAUGGAACAAAACAGCACGUCUAGUGACUCCAGUUUGAACAUGCGGGUGGGCCAAGUGGAUUGAGGCGGAUAUUGUGGGGUUGAAUUGACUUGAUAAUGGAGUGCCCUGGGCAUUCCAUUUGCACAACAAUAUAGCACAAAAUUUGUUCUCUCUCACUCUCGAGUUCACUUAUAGAGAUUAAUCGGCCUGAUUCAGGAAUGUUAAUGACUUUGUCUUUAAAAAUCAUGGUAUUGGUUGGUAAAGUUCCCUUGUAGUUAGUUACCUUCUAUUAUUAACAGAUUUGCAUAUGACAUUGUUUUAUAUUUUUGUGAGGAAGACGUGAAUUGUUCUCUGUGAAAACAUAACAUUUAGGAUAUUGUAAAUCAUGACAUUGUAAUGUAAUACACUGCUAUAUAUAGCAGUGUGAUUAUUUAUGAAUGUUGUUUUAAGACAUAACAUUUUGGGGAACUUUUAGUAAAAGAACAAUAUUUGAACCAAAAAUCAUGAUUAUAGGUUAUCUAUUUAAGCACUUGCAUACUACAGUUGCAUACAACAGUGUUAUAUAUUAAAACUGUUAUUACUAAAAGACAACUCCCUUUGUAUGCUGACAUCAUAAUCUCUACAGCACUUGGGUAGACCGUGUAUAAGUACAGAAUAACUUAUUUUUGCUGUCAUUUUCGCACAAAGGAUAACAAAAGUCUAAUUUUUUAUUACUUUGUCAGAGGUAUUGACCUUCUCAUAGGUCCUUAAGGUUGGUGCAUUGAAGUAAUAUCAGAUGUGAAAUAUCACAGGGUAAGUCGUCCCAUUAAUGUUUCCUCAACUGCGUGGGCAUCUGAUAAUUGUCAUUAAUCCAGAUAAGAGCAUGCAGGUUCACUUCUAAGCAUGUUGACAGCAUUUAUUUAUGAAAAAAUUACAGCACUAUCAUAAGAUGAAUUUUAUAUUGGUAAAAAUUGAUUUUCUGCCCUUAUAUGGGAAAAAAAUGACAAAGCUAGCAUUUCUUAUUGUAAAUGGGCAGUUUAUAUUCAGCUGUUUUAUAUUUGGGGAUCGGAAGUAGCAGAAAGUUAAUGAAAAGUAAUUUGUU